AUGCAGGGUCUCCUUCUUUCUCUCGGCCUUCUGGCCUCCAGCGCCAUCAGCGUUGCUGCUGCCGACCUCCAGAUCGACGUUACCCAGGCCGUCGAGUGCGAGCGCAAGACCAAGAACGGCGACAAGGUCAACAUGCACUACCGCGGUACCCUGCAGUCUAAUGGAGAGAAGUUCGAUGCCAGCUACGACCGCGGAACCCCUCUCAGCUUCAAGCUCGGCAGCGGCCAGGUUAUCAAGGGCUGGGACCAGGGUCUUUUGGACAUGUGCAUUGGCGAGAAGAGGACCUUGACCAUUCCCCCUGAGCUGGGCUACGGCAACCGUGGCAUGGGCCCUAUUCCUGCCGGCUCUACCCUUGUUUUCGAGACCGAGCUCGUCGGCAUCGACGGUGUCCCCAAGCCCGAGAAGAUCAUCGUCAAGGCCAGCGAGAAGGCCAGCGAGGCUGCCGAGUCCGCCACCGAGAAGAUCGCCGAGAAGGUCGCAAGCAAGGUUGCCGAGGCUGCAGAUGUCGUCAAGACCAUCGUCGCCGACUCCGACGACGGUCAGGAGCACAACGAGCUCUAA